CCCGGCCCGGGUCCCCGGUGACCACUGCCGCCCCGCCCACCGCGGACAGCCUGUCACAGCAGCGGGGCGCCGUCCGGGAAACAGGUCAUCCGCCCACCUGGACGCUGAGGCCGGGCCGCCCCCGUGGGAUUUGGCUUACGGGAGGCAGACGAGGCUGUGCACCCAGUCCCCGGUGCUGGCUUGUCCAUCCGGGGCACGCGGGGGCCGGGGGGAGGAGGCCUGGUUCUGUGAGGGGGUCUGGGUGGCCCCAGGCUGAGCGUCUGGCACCCAGCACAGUGCCCUCGGGGACCUUCAUCGGGGGCAGCAUGCAUGCCCGGCUCCCGGCGCUGCCGACCCCGAGCCUUCCUGGGGGGUGGAGGAAGGCGCGGCGGUGCUGGGGGCCUCGCGGCCCUGCCCGGCUGACACACGGGUCUGCGGAGCACGCAGACGUCACGGUUCCGCGGGGGAUGGGGUCCCCUGGCCCUGGGAGAGCCGUGGAGACGAGGAGACGGCGUCCUGGGCUUGAGCUUUAUCUGCUCAUCACCCGCUGUGUGGCCCUGGGCAGGUCCCUUUCCCUCUCUGGGCUUCUGCGUCCCCGUGUGUACCACAGACCGAUGGUGCCCACGAGGAUGCUGGCGCGGCCCUAGGCCCACGCUCCGCACCAUGACCUGCUGGCUGUGCGUCCUGGGCCUGCAGCUCCUGCUCCUGCCCGCGGCGCCCCCGCCGGCCGCCGGCUGCCCGGCCCGCUGCGAGUGCUCGGCGCAGACGCGCGCGGUGGCCUGUCCCCGGCGCCGGCUCACCGCCGUGCCCGACGGCAUCCCGGCCGAUACGCGCCUGCUGGAGCUCAGCCGCAACCGCAUCCGCUGCCUGAACCCGGGCGACCUGGCCGCGCUGCCGCUGCUGGAGGAGCUGGACCUGAGCGAGAACGUGAUCGCGCACGUGGAGCCGGGCGCCUUCGCCAACCUGCCGCGCCUGCGCGUCCUGCGCCUGCGCGGGAACCUGCUCAAGCUCAUCCCGCCCGGGGUCUUCACGCGCCUGGACAACCUCACGCUGCUGGACCUGAGCGAGAACAAGCUGGUCAUCCUCCUGGACUACACCUUCCAGGACCUGCGCAGCCUCCGCCGGCUGGAGGUGGGCGACAACCACCUGGUGUUCAUCUCGCGCCGCGCCUUCGCGGGGCUGCUGGCGCUCGAGGAGCUGACCCUGGAGCGCUGCAACCUCACGGCGCUGUCCGGAGAGUCGCUGGGCCACCUGCGGGGGCUGGGCGCCCUGCGGCUGCGGCACCUGGCCAUCGCCGCCCUGGAGGACCAGAACUUCCGGAGGCUCCCGGCCCUGCUGCACCUGGAGAUCGACAACUGGCCGCUGCUGGAGGAGGUGGGCGCCGGCAGCCUGCAGGGGCUCAACCUGACCUCGCUGUCCGUCACGCACACCAACAUCACCGCCGUGCCGGCCGCCGCGCUCCGCCACCAGGCCCACCUCACCUGCCUCAACCUGUCGCACAACCCCAUCAGCACGGUGCCGCGCGGCUCCUUCCGCGACCUGGUCCGCCUGCGCGAGCUGCACCUGGCCGGCGCCCUGCUGGCCGUCGUGGAGCCGCAGGCCUUCCUGGGGCUGCGGCAGAUCCGCCUGCUCAACCUCUCCAACAACCUGCUGUCCACGCUGGAGGAGAACACCUUCCACUCGGUCAACACGCUGGAGACGCUGCGCGUGGACGGGAACCCGCUGGCCUGCGACUGUCGCCUGCUCUGGAUCGUGCAGCGCCGGAAGACCCUCAACUUCGACGGGCGGCUGCCGGCCUGCGCCACCCCGGCCGAGGUCCGCGGCGACGCGCUGCGCAGCCUGCCCGACUCGGCGCUCUUCGAGUACUUCGUGUGCCGCAAGCCCAAGAUCCGCGAGCGGCGGCUGCAGCGCGUCACGGCGGCGGCGGGCGACGACGUGCGCUUCCAGUGCCGCGCCGAGGGCGAGCCGGCGCCCACCGUGGCCUGGGUGACGCCGCGCCACCGCGCCGUGACGGCCGACAGCGCGGGCCGCGCGCGCCUGCUGCCCGGGGGCACGCUGGAGAUCCGGGGCGCGCGCCCGCAGGACAGCGGCACCUACACGUGCGUGGCCAGCAACGCGGGCGGCAACGACACGUACUUCGCCACGCUGAGCGUGCAGCCCGCGCCGGCCGCCAACCGGACCCCGGGCGAGGGCCGCAACGAGACGCAGGCGGCCGCGCGCUUCCAGCUGGACCUCACCACCAUCCUCGUGUCCACCGCCAUGGGCUGCAUCACCUUCCUGGGCGUCGUGCUCUUCUGCUUCCUGCUGCUCUUCGUGUGGAGCCGCGGCCGCGGGCAGCACAAGAACCACUUCUCCGUGGAGUACUCCUUCCGCAAGGUGGAUGGACCGGCGGCCGCGGCGGGCCAGGGCGGCUCCCGCAAGUUCACCAUGAAGAUGAUCUGACGCCCCGCGCGCGCCGGCCGGUCCCACGAGCACCUGUGCAUCUCCCGGAGGCCGCCCGCCGCCGGCGCCCCGCGCGACUGACCCCCUUUUUUGUAGGGACCGGACCACAGGACUGUCUUUUCAUCAGGACUCAUCUUUUGCAUAGUUUCUCGAGCAUUUUCUAAAGGUUUCCCCCCGGUCUUCCUGUCCCU